AUGCCAAAGACCUCAAAUGAGAUAUUACCAGUGGGCUGUAUCCCCCUUCAACCUGACAAUUUUCCAGCAAGAGUGCGGUUUUGUGAGUGGUUGUUGCAUCAACAUGACAAUAAUCCGGACUUUUUGAAGUGCUUAUUGGUGACAGACGAAUCUACGUUCACGCGUAAUGGGGUGAAUAACUUUCGCAACACUUAUGUUUGGUCAGUAGAAAAACCGCACGCCGUCCGUCGGGCACAUUUUCAACAAACAUUUUCGGUGAAUGUUUGGGCUGGCAUGUGGUGCAGACAACGGUCACUCUGGGAUCAGGAAUGGAACAGUAUUGUUUUUAGUGACGAGUCUCGAUUUUGUUUAGGCAUGCACGAUGGUCGUGCCAGGAUUAGAAGGCGACGUGGUGAAAGGAGGAAUCCACAGUUUUUUGUUGAAAGACAUGUUCAUCACACUGUUGGAGUUAUGGUUUGGGGUGCUAUAGCUUAUGGUUCCAGGUCACCUUUAAUCUUCAUCAGAGGUAACAUGAACGCGCAGCGUUAUAUCCACGAAGUUCUAGAACCUCAUCUUUUACCAUAUCUUGACACCCUGGCAGAUCCAACUUUCCAACAAGAUAAUGCCCGACCACAUGUUGCAAGAGUCACAAUAGACUUCUUCCAACAUAAUGAUGUCACAUUGUUACCAUGGCCACCAAGAUCUCCCGACUUAUCCCCAAUUGAGCACGUGUGGGAUAUGAUGGGUAGGAGAUUGCUCAAUUUGCAACGUCAUCCUCAGACUUUAGAAGCACUUCGAGAGGAGUUGGUGGAGGACAUUGACCACCUGAUCAGAAGCAUGCCUAGGCGCGUUGGAGAAUGCGUAGCACGUCAGGGUGCAUCCACACAUUAUUAA